AUGAACGAGCAUAUAGUGUGCAUAAUUGCUAGUUUGCUUUCUAUCAAUUUGAUAAGUGGCUUGAGAAAUUGGGAUACUCAACGAUACGAAGUUAGAACACUUCCAACUGUACUGAAUAAUGAUUAUUUGACGGAAGAGUUCGAACCGGAAGAAGAGCGGAUCAUCAACUUCGUCACAGUGCGUCCGGAAUAUUUCGAGAUAAAUCGUGCCCGACCAAUUAUCGACUGGAUUACGGGUGUCAUCGGUGCUCCAGUUUUUGCCAGUGAUUCUUCGGUGCCAUCGCAAAAUUGCACACCAUGCAAGUGUGGAUCUGCCGAACCGAUAAACGAACGAAUAGUAGGUGGCACACCCGUGGACGAUAACAGCUUCUCCUGGAUGGCCGCUCUCUACUACGACAAUAAGUUCAGCUGCGGUGGUUCCCUGCUUUCGGAUCGAUAUGUCAUCACGGCCGCCCACUGUACGACCAAACCGGACCGGGCGCUAUUUCGCAUACAGUUUGGCGUAAAUGAUCGUAGCAAACCGACUGGAACAUCCAUAGAGCGUAGUGUCAAACGUAUUCUGACCAACUGGUACAACGCUUUCAAUAACAACAACGAUAUAGCGCUGCUGGAGCUCACAUACCCCGUAUCGAUCAGCGACCGUGUGAUGCCUAUCUGUCUACCACAGGCGACGGAAAUGUACGAGGGUACCAGAGGAAUAGUAACCGGCUGGGGAAGAACGAAAUCUGGUGGUGGUCUUUCGGGAACAUUACAGCAAACCGAAGUACCGAUCUUGACGAAUCGUGAAUGUCGACGGGCUGGCUAUUGGGCCUUUCAGAUAACAAACAGGAUGAUCUGUGCCGGGUAUCUUGAGGGUGGCAAAGAUUCCUGCCAGGGUGAUAGUGGAGGUCCGUUGCAAGUCCUUAAUACUAAACUUAACCAUUAUGAACUAGUCGGGGUUGUUUCAUGGGGCCGUGCCUGUGCUCAGAAGAAUUUCCCGGGCGUUUAUACACGUGUAAGCCAGUAUCUACAUUGGAUCAACCGUAACAUCAAGGAUUCCUGUCUAUGUAGCUAA